GCGAAAUGCGCAUCCUUUGCAGCAUUUCACUGCGAGGCGUACGCAUUAGUUCAUUGAGCUGAGGUGUUUGCGGAACGCAAUUUGAACCCGUGCUCCGCGGCAACCUGCGGUAUCCCCUCGACGGUAUCCCUCGUACUCAUGGGUUAAUGAAUGGAGCUCCGCAUUACUGGCGACCUGCGCAACGCGCGCAUUGCGAGAAUUGCGAACCCAUUCCCGAACGCAAAUGGAAUCGCGCUUCGGCCCAACCGCGACCGUCGCAACCCGCGCAACGCGCGACGCACGAGCUCGGGUAUAUAAGGGCUUCACCUUCAGUCUCCUGCUCAGUUGCUUUCUUGUAUCGCAAGAGGGAGUUUUGACUACGCUGGACUUUGAGGACUUGAGUGACAGUGGAUCUGCUAUCUUCGCGUCGCUGCAAUUCUUCUUCUCUACUGGGACUCUUGACAUCAUGUCGUCGGUGACAAUGAUAUCACUCGCUAUCGUAGCUGUUCUCUUGGCAACAUGCACCUUGACCAACGGGUUCCAACCUAGGCUAGUUGAAAAAUACGUUCGUGAGUGCAAGACUGGAACGACUGUUACUGAUUGGAAACAGCAUUUUUCGUUGAAGCCGAAAUGUAAAGAUGUGGAUGAGUGUACCAAGUAUCAGGGCAUCUGUGAUCAGAAAAAAUUGAAACAUCCCUAUCCACUGUCUUGUAAGAACUACCACCGUGGCUAUAGUUGCGAGUUGCCAGGCCCUGACGAAGGCUUACACUAUUCCGGAGACGAGAUUAUAAAAGAUUUUGAAAACGGAGUUUUCAGAUUCCAGUGCCCAGAAGGAAAGUUUCCAUACUGCAACCCUGGCACUGAAUGCGAUUAUAGGAGAGGAGCAUUAGCCCCGCUUAAAUGGGAUCAAGGCUCCAGUCAAUAUAUAUUUUACAACGUGCCAACUUGCAGGCCACUAGCCAUAAAAAUCUGCGCAGGCCUUAAAAUCUACCACGGCACAAUGCAUGCCAUGGGUGGGAGUGGCUUAGCUUCCUCGUAUGCUGAUGCUGAGAAACAGUGCCAAGGUGGUGGAGGGUUUCAGCAAGUAAAUUUGGCUUUCUCGCAGAUACAAUUUAACCAAGAUACACUCAACUGCCUCGCAGGAGCGACUACGCAAACAUGGACUAAGGAUCAUCAUUCCAUAGUGUACCCAGGCAAAGCUAUAGGAAGGGUCAGGGCUGAUGCGGAAAUUCCAGUCCUCUGCAUCUCCCUUCACUAUAGACGCGACAUCGAUCGUUCGUCUCUCAAGCUCCAGUUUGAAAACAGAGAACACACUUGUCACGGAGGCGUGAAACUCUAUUACCUGGCUAAUUCCGGAUUGUCACAGGGUCGCACUAGGAUGCAGGCUCAGGAUGCAUGUCAGGAGAGGGCAACUUACGUGCCAGGACCGCAACUUCUGGGCUGCAUGAAGGCGUUAAUCUUAUCAUUAUCUUCAAGUGAAGCGCUUAAGUGCAGAACGCAUGGGAGCCUUUACGAAGUAGUCGUGUGCUUGCAAAGGGUGUACAGAAGACUUGCCUGGGUUGGAUUCUCCGGUACAUCCGCCGGCAGGUCCCUUGCCACUGAUGGGCAAUCAUACAGUAAUGACCAGCAUCUUCCAUAUACCAUCUGUACAUCGGGCUGAGUGGAAGCCGCGAUUGUUUGCAUGGAGUUCCGCAUUUAGUUCACGGAACUCAGUCCGCCACAUCUGCAUGUUUUCCUUUGUGCACUAAUGUUAAGUCAAUAUGGUGCUUACUGUACAUAAAUUCUCUUUGCCAAUUAUACGUACAGCUGUUGUCGGUUGCUAAUGUAGCUGAUGUUGUAUUGCAGUCUUACCUGAUCAUACCUGAUCAACUCACAUUGAACAGGCAAUGAGAUCGCUCACAGACCUACAUUGUAUGUAUCUAUUAUUGCAAUAAUAAUGAAGGAAUAAAAGACCGAGGCGAAGUCGAGGUCUUUUAUGAGGUCUA